AUGCAGAACGACGACGAUCAGGAUGACCUUGUGCUCCAUGGCGAGGAGCUUCCUCCUCCUCGUCCUCAGCCCAUUGAGUCCAGUAUAGACCCUGCCCCCGCUAUUCUCAACCCGCAGCAAGGCGGCUUCCUUGAGUCGGGGGAGGGAGGAGAGAGGGAGGUCCACCGAGAUCGAUUCCGACGUUAUCAUCCUCCUCCAGGGACAGCAAGAGCGUCAACGCCUCCUACGGACCAGGGCACCGUCAGGACUCCUGGCACUGGAGGCCUUCUCCGUAUACUCACUUCCCUUGCAAGCAGCGGGGUGGUAGAGCGCUUCGACUACGAUGUCUUGGACAUGGAGGAUGAAGGAGCACAGGAAGGAGCGUCAAUGGAUCACGCAAUCAGUCUGCUCGAGGAGCUUGUUCCUGGGUUGACCAGGGGAGAGAUCCGGACAUCCAUCCUACAGAAAGGGGAGGGAACAGCCGCGGUGGUCGCUGCCAGCAUCCCUGGAGAGCUCGGAAGCUUCUCGACGACAGUGGAUGGAAGAGGAUGCGUCACUGGUGCUCGUGUGGAGAAGGUGACUGGAGCUGCUGCCGGCAUGGAGCGAUGGACGCACACGAUACCAGGAGGAGUGCGAGAUGCCGUGAUCGAGUUCUAUCAGGAUGGAGGGGCGCGGGAGAUCGUUUCGAAAGUCAGGGACGGGGAUGGGGAUGGGGAUGGGGAUGAGGCAGUGGAAGGGGAGGAGGAGAAGUGGAUGCAAGUUGUAUCCUCCUCCUUCGGCAAGGCAAGCGACCAGCUCGCAGCUGCCUUCAUGUUUGAGCCUGCCCUUCCUGUUGGAACCAUCGUUACUAAGAUCCGAGGAGGAAAGAUAUUGAUCCUUGGAGACUACUACGGCUGGGAGGUGAUUGAGAUGCUCAUUCGAUUCACUGCCAUGUUCUUCUUGUACGCUAUCCUCGUCAUCCUCUUCUUCGGCUUGAUCUAUCCUGAUGAAAACGGAAGCGCUACUCCAGGAUCGAUCACAUUCCUUAUCCUUGCGUCCAACCAGCGGGGGAACCUCUCCUUCUAUGUUUCGUUCCUUUUCCAGAUCAUCUUCAUCUACGUCGCUAUCUUCUCUCUCCGACGGGCUCGAAGGGUGGGGAGGAUGCUGGCUCUGCGGCAGGUGAUGCCGGUCAAGGGGUUUCAGCUCUGCCUGGCAAUGGGGAGGAGGGCGAAGUCGAGUGGGCUCAUGGAGACCCUCGAGGCAGCGCUGAGGGAGGGAGGGGUCAAUGUUUGGACCAGCAGCUCGUACGUGCAGAACGCAGAGAAGAGGGGGAGGCAGAUUAUGCAUGCGGUGAGCAGGUCCUGCUUCCAGCUCAUCGUCCUCUCCCCCGAUCUCAUCUGCUCCUCCUCCGACUGCGUCCACAUCCUCGAAGCUCUCCGUGGCCCGCGGAGUCGCUCUAUCUUCUACCUUGACAGGUCAGCGGACUGGCUCGCUUCCAUCCAUGGCAGGACCCUGGAGGCGAACCACGUGGACAGGAUGGAGGAGGCGCUGAGACGGCUGGGCUUCAGAGUUGUGAGCUGCCCGAAGCUGCUCCUGCAGCUGAUAGACUCGCUGUAUCUCCACCCGGAGGAGGGAUCGGAGGAGGAGGCGCUCCUGACACAGUGGUGGGCCUCCUCCCCCCCUGCCUACAGCAGCUUCACCCUCCCUACCUCCCUCUCGUACGGGAUCUGCUCUUCCAGGACCGGGUCCACUGUCUCCUUGUGCGGCCUGCAGGGUCACGUCAAUUUCUCCUUCUCCGGAAAGCUCUUUCCUCCUUCCCACUCCCUCCGCAACGGCUGGUUUUACCUUGCAAAGUCCAGCAUCAGCAGCAGCAGCAGCAGCAGCAGCAGCAGCAGGUCUUCGCCUCCUCUCACGCGCUCCGACGACGUCGAGCUCACUCCUGCUCCACUUGCUUCUUCCUUCUCCUCGCAGACCCAGCGAACCCAGGUUCACUUCGAGCUGGGAAGGAUGUUCGGCGUCUCGUGGCUGGGUCUAGCGGUCCUUCUUUUCGAGGUCUGCAUCGGCGGUUUCAUCCUCCUCGGCCCCUACUGCGGCGACACUUUCUCUUCCUACUCGCGAAUCUUCGGCAGUCAGUACGGCACUUGCCAGCUGACAGGUCUGGGCUUGUCCUAUCAGCCGCCCCUAUUCUCCCCCGCAAACUUCACAGCUGCUGAGGUCGUGGUGGGGACGUGCUGGGCGACCUUUCAGGAUGCCGGUGCUCCCGCUGAGUUUCCUCCUCCGAGCUAUGUCUGCAAGGGAUGCCUGUCAGGUCGACUACUGACAAGCAACGAGCUGCCCUUGUUUCUCAUUGCAGAGGAGUUUCGCCGAAUGGACUUGAGCCUGCAUGUCUUCACAGACUCGCACGGGCAGGCGCUCGAGACACUUUCCCCGCUCGUCUCCUUCCUAGAGAGUUGUGGCCUCCGCGUCGCUGUCGCUUCCGACUUGGCUCACGCCGCUGCUUCCCCUGACUUCUUCGUCCUCUUCCUCACCGACUCAGAGUCUGCCGCUGACUACUGGAAAGAACGACACCGGUUUGACUCAGCUCGGCACCUGCUCGUGGUCUCUUCCCGUGCUCUAGGGUCAACCCCGCAGCUCCUCGACCUCGAGGUCCUCGUCGUCGAAGAAGAAGUCUUCCUGCAUCGAUUCAACCAGAAUCUCAUCGCUAAGACGGCAGUUUACAUCCACAAGAGAUCUCUCAGAGCUGGAAUUCCUACUUGA